AUACUGAACCCCACUUUCUCGUGCGUUAGCGACAACAAACUGGUGUGUGUGUGUGUGACCACGAACACUAGAAAUUUGGAAAUCUUUGAGGCAGUUUGAAUUAAAGGAGUUAACUUGUUUCGAUUGUUCAUGAUAUAUUCGAUGCUGAUUUCAGAUUUUCAAGAUUUGUCACUUUAAUAUGAACAUACGAACUCUCUGGUGACUGACUCUGACACAGUAGUCAUUCAUACUUUGCUAAAAGUUUGAGACAUUUUAAUCGUUCUUGCGAUGAAGGGUGAAAACGAGAUGGUAUCGAUUGCUUUAGAAGAUAUAGCAAGAACAUUGAACAAUAAGGAGUUUCAAUUGAAGUGCAAUGACAUCACUCCAACUCCCCCAGAGUCGGCAGAUGGAGAUGAAACCCCGACCAAUGAAAUGGAAGAAGACUGUUUCAUAGAAACGUUAGCCGAUCCAGUAGAAGAAGAGGGCGGGGAACGAGUAGCCUGGGAGUUCCAUAACGUACUUCUUUCACGGGUCCCCGGUUACGGGUUUGGCAUCGCUAUCAGUGGUGGCCGAGAUAAUCCCCACUUUGCGAAUGGUGAUCCUUCUAUCGCCAUUUCUGAUGUUCUUCGAGCAGGUCCUGCAAAAGGCAAAUUACUGGUUAACGAUCGAGUACUCAGCGCCAACUGCGUAUCUUUAGAAAACGUGGAUUAUUCAACGGCAGUCCAGGUCCUCAGAGAGUGUGGCAACACCGUCAACUUGGCCAUUCGCCGACGGAUAGUUUUACCACCAAACCCUGGGGAGCCUCAUACCCUGAAGGUGACUUUGACCAAAAAUAGGAAAAAAGAUGAUUUUGGAAUUGUCCUGGGUUGUCGGAUUUAUGUGAAGGAAAUCACCAACAAAACUGGUCUAGAGAAGGAUUGUAAUCUCCAGGAAGGUGAUGUUAUUAUGAAAAUCAAUAACUCUGGAACAGAUAACAUGAGUAUUAAAGAGGCCCGAAAGCUAAUUGAAAAUACCAAGGAAAAACUUCAUCUACUAGUAAGGCGGGAACCGUGCUCUUCAGAACAAGUUGAAGAAAACCAGAGGUGGUCACGUGCUCAUUCAUUUGAGCCUGGUAGUAACCCAAAUAAAGAAACGACGCCUUCAAAUCUCAAUGACGUUACUGGAACUAGGCCUCAGUGCAGUAACCAAAAUCUCUAUGUUCAGCCACCCACUAGAGGUGAUUUUCGCCCUCCUCCUCCUCCUGACCGUGCUGAUGGAAAGAACAAUCUAACCAGGUCUCAGGGUGGACGUAAUCGUGGACCCCUAAUGGACAUAUCUCUUAGUCAGCUUGACCAACCAGCCACUCCUUUACUUACAGGGCAUGGUCAUUCCAGAGGUCCAAUCUCGGGUGAUGAAGAUGAGCCACCUCCUAGGCCACCACCGCUUCGUGGAGAAGAUAAUGUUCCAAGGCGAGAUCAUGACCCCCUCUCACCUCGAGGCAAAAUACCAGUCCCUGAACCAAGACAUAUCUCCUUCCAAAAAGAUGGAAGUGUAGGAAUAAGGUUAACAGGAGGAAAUGAAGUAGGAAUUUUUGUCACAGCAGUCCAGCCUGGUAGUCCAGCUUCACUACAAGGUCUACAGCCUGGUGACAAGAUAUUAAAGGUUAACAAUCUUGACAUGGAAGGGGUGACAAGAGAAGACGCUGUUCUUUUUCUUCUUGGUAUACAAGAUCAAGUUGACUUAAUUGUUCAGCAUCGAAAAGAAGAAUAUGAUGAAAUUGUGGCCAACCAGAAAGGAGAUUCUUUUUAUGUCAAAACCCACUUUAACCACAAUAAUUCUGAGAAAGGAGAACUGAAUUUCCAUGUUGGUGAAGUGUUUCAUGUUAUCGACACAUUGUAUAAUGGUGUUGUUGGCUCCUGGCUUGUGUAUCGUUUGGGUCGAAAUAACCAAGAAAUUCAGAAGGGUGUUAUUCCAAAUAGAAAUAGAGGUGAGGAACUUGCUCAGGAACAGCAAAAUCAAGCUAAAAAAGACGCAGCAUCGGAAAGCAGAGGGAGCUUUUUUAAGCGACGCAGUGCAAGACGUACUAAAUCUUUAAGUAAAGAUCAGUGGGAAGAUGUUAUAUUGGCAGAUACCAUGUCCAAGUUCCCAGCUUAUGAAAGAGUCACAUUAAAACAUCCUGGAUUUGUUCGACCUGUUGUACUCUUUGGGCCACUAGCUGAUGUUGCUAGAGAAAAGCUUUUGAAGGAUUAUCCAGAUAAAUAUGGAUCUCCCCAGCUUGAUGGUCAUGUAGAUGAUAUGUCCAAGUCACAAAAAACAUCUGGAAUCAUUCGUUUAAGUGCCAUCAAGGAGAUCAUUGAAAAGGGUAAACACACUAUCCUUAGUAUCACUCCAAAUGCUGUGGAUCGAUUAAACUAUGCACAAUUUUAUCCAGUUGUCAUCUUUAUGAGAGCAGAGAGCAAACACACUGUUAAGGAGCUGAGGUCAAGAGUCUCAAAAUCAAACAACAAGAGCUCAAAAAAGCUGUAUGAUCACUCUGUAAAACUGGAGAAACUGUGGUCCCAUGUGUUUACAGCUACUAUAACCCUAACUGGAGCUGAUAUGUGGUACAAGAAAUUAAGAGAAACUAUAGAAAGACAACAGCAACAGGCAAUAUGGGUUUCAGAAACAAAGCCCAAUGAAGCCAUCUCAGAUGAUUUUCUUUUCCCAUUGACUUCACGUCUGAGUUAUGCAUCCUCUCCAGAAAGUGACCUAGAGCUUGCAUCUGAUUCUCGACCUAUGAGCAUGCAUGGAGCAGGAUCUUCUUUAGCUGUGGACCCUCGAAUGGUAAAGGCAUCUAGUGAUCCAAGUAUCGUAACACAAGAAGAAAACUGUUCUCCUCCAAUGUAUGGACAGCCUCCAACUUACUCUCUCUCACAAACGAGACAGGAUCUACGUGAACCCACUCAACCUUCAAGCCAGGAAAUGCAUCAGACUAGAUCAAACUCAAAUAAACGAAGCUCAGAAGUUGGUGAUAAGGAUGGAUUCUUUGGAUCUCCUGUGAGAUCUAUCAUUGAUCCAUAUGCAACUUUAACUUCAAGUGAACGAUACAACUCAAGAGAUACUACAGGUAUGAAAAAUAAUUACCUGUCCCGAACUAGACCUUCGUUGGAGCCUGAGCCUCCCCCUAAUGUUGACCGCUCCAGUAAACCCACUCGUUUCCGAACUGCUCAAGAAAGACUUUUUGCUAGUCCAGGGAGAGGAGAAAUGAGAGAACCUCUACAACCAGGUGUCACUCCAGAUUAUAUGAACACAGGAGCACAGAAAUCAAAUUCACUUGACAGAUCAAAUGGAAGACUGGAAACUGCCAGACCUCGUGAUCGUUUCAGCUCAACUUCAAGCCAAAACAUCAGGUCAUCUCAUGAUCCCUACAGGUUUACUCGUAGUACAGCUCAACCCACUCGAGUAAAUGGUUUUGACCGUGGAAGAAUUCCAGGAACACCGAGUAGAUAUGGUCCCCAAGGUGACAGACCUCCUCCUCCUCCAUCUCCUCCACCCAAGCCAGCUGGAUACCAACCAAGGUUAGCUGAUGGUCGUCCCAUUCCUCCUCCCAAACCUAUACAUUUUCAAGCACGGCCUUGGAUGUAUGAUGAUGGAACUCUUGACAACCGGAUCCCACAUGACAUUCAACCACCACCACCUUCUCGAUUAUCUGAAGCUCCACCUCCAUACAGCCAAAAACGUAGCAGUCGUGAUGAGUCAGAAUUUGGCAUGCCUCCUGGCUAUUACCCUUCUCGAACUUACCCAGGAACAGACAUACCUUCCCCAUCUCGUCAUCCCCCACCCCCAGUGUCAGAAGAACCUCGCAGACUUUCUGAUAGUUAUCGAGGUCACCCUGGUCGACGAUUAUACCAAGAUGAUGACAAUGGUGGCUUUGAUUCUGGACAUGGGAGCAACUUAGAUCACAGUCAUGAUAUGCGGUACACAAAAGUUAUGGGAGGAAAUAGUCUGUCACCCCCUCGACAUGGAGCAUUAGUGAAUGGAGGCGGUCCUUACCACAAUAUACCCUAUGGAUCUGCCAGUCAUCCUCGCAGUCAUCAGCCACCAUAUUCAAUGUUACAGCAUUCAUCUCCUCCUCUUCCACCUCCUAGUGUGUUGGACCUUUCUAAUAGGGAAAAUCGGGGUAGUGCAUUUGAACUCUACAAAAAACCAGAUAUUCGCUCCAUGUCAGGAAUGCCCCAUCCUCUUCCAAUUGGCUCAGAUAUAGCAAAGUAAAUGUGCAUACUGAAGACUGAACUCUUCAAAACAGUAUACAUCACAGAGACUCAGAAAAGGAGUAGAGCCACUGUUUACCCAAAGCCAUUGAAAGUUUUUUUACCAAAGAGUCCAUAGAGUUCACAAUAUAUAAUUUAACCUCCAUUACUCCAUUCUCUACUUUUGUUCCAGCAAUUUUCAAGUUACCUGUGUUGUCACAUUAUUGCAACUUAGUGGGAAAUGAUUUGAUAAGAAUUGAAACCCAACUUUUUAUUAAGACAGGCAUUCUUGCCUGUUGGUAAAUAUAGCAAACCAUCUUAUCUUUAGUUAUCUGUGUCGUUGUACAUACCUCAGGACUGUUACAUAAUUUUAAUAAAAUGAGGUUGUAUAGUCUUAAAUUUCAUAUAGUUGUAUGCACUAUUAUAGAUCUUCUUCUUGAUUCUUGUUCUGUAUGUCACAUAUUGUUCGAUAUUUCCUAACCUGCUUCUGUUUAGAAAUGUCAUAAUGCUCAUAAUUUACACUCGUCAUGUGUACAUAUUCUGUCUCUGAGCUAAACUUUACCCAUCAUUUUCAAGAUUUCUCUCAAGAUAAACAAUAAUCUAUCAAAGAAUAAUCAUCAGGUUAUCUCAUAAUAAAUUUAACGUAAUUUUUAAACAUGUCUCUCGUCUUGUUUUUUUCAAUAACAAAAAUUAAUAUCUGUUGAAAGUAAACAUUUAGCUGCACUUUAUUACAUGGCUUUAUUUGUGUGUUCAGAAUGUCUGUAUAAACAUUGUACAUGUACAGCUAACAAUGCAAUAGUUUGAGUCUAAGAGCAAUAUUCAUCUAGCAACUAAUUUUUGAUUUAACAUUCUUCAAUAUUUUAAAGGCCUGGCAUGACCUGGUUGUUAGGGUGUUUAACUCGCAAUCUGUGGUUCGAAUCCCAUCACUGAACAUGCUCGCCCCUCCAGCCGUGGGGACGUUAUAAUAUGACGGUCAAUCCCACUAUUCCUUGGUGGUAAAGAGUAGCCCAAGAGUUGGUGGUGGGUGGUGUUGACUAGCUGCCUUCCCUCUAGUCUAUCACUUCUAAAUUAGGGAUGGCUAGCGCAGAUAGCCCUGAAGUAGCUUUGCGCGAAAUUCAAGAAACGAUAUUUUAAAUGAACAGAAGGUUAUUGAAUGACCAUUUUAAAUACAUAUAAAUGAAUUAAACUUUAUUUCUGUUCUCACUUUACUAUCAGUGUAUUGUCUGUGUUUGGUUUAUGCUAGUAGCAUCUUGAUUUUAUUUUGUCAAAUGUACAAAUUCCUGUAAAAGGCACAGAAAAUAAAAAUCCUUAAUUGUAUUCAAAUCACAA